UCCUGUUAUUUCUCUGCCACACCAAGAACCCUCUUUUUUCAGCUGGGAGCAUUUGGAUUUUCUAGGGAACAAGAAGCCCAUGGGGAGCUCCAGACUGGCAGCCUUGCUCUUGGCUGUCUUCCUGCUGCCCACUGGCCUCUCUCCCUCUGCUGAUACUGGCUGUGGCUGCCUGUCUCACAGGAUCACCCGCUGUCUACUGGCCUUUCACAUGAAUGAGAGGUUCACUGGCCUUGAGUGGGGCUGGUUCCGUCUCCUAAUGCAGAGAUACAAAAAGUCUUACAAGUUCAAGUUCUGCCAGGGACAUAGGAUGCCAGCGUCUCCUCAGAGAAAGCUGCUAGACAGUCGUGUUCAGUCUGAAAAAGGCCUUCCAAUUUCCACGCCCACCCUAAACGUCUCCCGCAAGAGACUACGCUACAGAAGGACCCAGCCUUCAGAUCCAGGGGCAGUGGGCUCACUGAGGCGUGGAGGACCAGAGUUCACCUUUGAGUUGCUGCCUGUGGCCCAGGCCAUUCGGGUAACCAUUCCUCUGGGCCCAGAGGUCAGUGUGCGCCUUUGUCAUCAGUGGGCACUCGAGUGUGAAGAGCUGAGCAGUCCCUUUGAUGCCCAGAAAACUGUGGCUGGGGGUCACACUGAAGACCUGUCUUACGAAUUCCUUCUGCCCUGUCUAUGCAUAGAGGCAGCCUACCUGCAAAAGGACACUGUGAGGAGCAAAAAAUGUCCUUUCCAGAACUGGCCUGAAGCAGAAGCCUAUGCCCCCAACCUCUGGAAAUCAGUGCACUUCACUGACCACAGCCAGCACAAUCGGAUGGUCAUGGCCCUGACGCUCCACUGCCCGCUGAAGCUGGAGGCCUCCCUCUGCCAGAGGCAGGACCAGCAUAGCCUCUGUGAAGACCUCCCCAAUGCCACAGUUCAAGAGUCAGAAGGAUGGUAUGUUUGGGAGAAGGUGGACUUGCAUCCCCUGCUCUGCUUUAAGUUCUACUUUGAAAACAGCAGUCACGUUGAAUGCCCCCACCAAAGUGGGUCUCUCCCAUCCUGGAAUGUGAGCGCAGCCACCCAGGCUCAGCAGCUGAUCCUCCACUUCUCCUCGAGGACAAGUGCCUCCUUCAGUGCUACCUGGAGCUACCCAGGCUUGGAGCUGGACACUGCCAUGUCCCCGGUGUACAGCAUCAGCCAGGCCCAGGGCCCAGACCCAGUGACAGUGGACCUCAUCAUCCCCUUUCUGAGGCCAGGGGGCUGCAUCCUGGUGUGGAGAACCGACGUCCAGUUUGCCAGGAAGCGCCUCCUGUGUCCCAGUGUCUCUCACAGACGCCUAGGGCUCUUGACCCUCGUGCUGCUGGGCCUCUCUAUCUUCCUGGGCGUUGUUCUGGUCCUCACCUGUCGGCGGCGGCGGCUGCUGUCAGGCCCGGCUCCAUCCUCAGGCCUCGGCGGCGCGCAGCCAGUGCUGCUCCUGCACGCCGCAGACUCGGAGGCGCAGCGGCGCCUGGUGGGAGCGCUGGCCGAGCUGCUGCGGGCCGCGCUGGGCGGCGGGCGCGACGUGAUCGUGGACCUGUGGGAGGGCACGCGCGUGGCGCAGGUGGGCCCGCUUCCCUGGCUCUGGGCUGCGCGGGCGCGCGUGGCCCGGGAACGCGGCAUCGUGCUGCUGCUGUGGAGCCCUGUGGGCCGCAGCCUGACCAGUGAGUCGGACCCCCGCACCACGCCUCUGCGAGCCUUGCUCUGCGCGGCCCCGCGCCCUCUGCUGCUGCUGAUUUACUUUAGCCGCCUCUGUGCCAAGGGUGACAUCCCCCGAUCCCUGCGCGCCCUGCCGCGCUACCGCCUGCUGCGAGACUGGCCGCACCUGCUGGGGGCGCUGGGCGCGCGACCUUGCCCGCUGGCUACCUGCGGGGGCCUCCCCGGGGCCGGGCACCUGCGGAGCCGCCUGGAGCUGUGCCGCCAACUGGAGCUCGAGGCCCAGCGACUGGAGCUCGAGGCCCAGCUCGCCCGUUGAGGCCCCGCAGAGCCCCGUCCUGUUCCCGCAGGCCUCUGGCCACCACCAUAAAGGCGCUGGCUGGAGCUGCAGCGUGAGCCGUCUAACCGGAGUCCUGAGAACACUGGCUGAAAAGCCUUCCCCUGGCUUCCCGGCCCAAAAGGCCCGCCAGGCCCUGGUGUACAGCAUCCUCAGGCCUGCUGCCUCCCGGAUCUCUGUUCUGACCUGAGAGAGCUGUCUCCCCACGUCCUCUCCCCAGAGCUCCUGAAGGACAGCAGUCCCGGUGGAGAGGCCGGGCAGAGUUGGCACGGCAGCCCCUGGGGGCAAAACCGCCUUGGGGGCCAGUGUUCUGUCUUUCCAGACCCAAACCCUGCGCACACUGGAGAAAGAGGAAGGACUCACUAGGAAGAAGCUUUGGCCCCGGACAAAGGGGGCUGGGGGCAAAAGACAGAUUUAAUUUAGAAAGAUAAUAAA